AUGGCUUCACGAAAGUAUCGCUACGAGUCCCUCAACACUGAGCGUCAACAGAUCCGCAUUCUCAAAGUACAUGCCGCAUCCAGCUCUCCAACGACGACGGUGAACUGCACGCUUUCCCAUGUUUCGCUACUCGAUGAACCAACACUCGAAUACCACACCAUCUCCUAUCGAUGGGGAAAUGCACAAGACCGAGCAUACAUCAUCGUCGAUGACCGCUUUCUCGAUAUCGACGCCAUCUGCAUCAACCAGCAAGAUCCCGUCGAGCGCUCUCAACAAGUCGCCAUGAUGGCGGGCAUUUUCUCGAGAACAUCGUCUGGCUACAUCUGGCUGGGCAAGGAGCAGGAGUCCACUUCGCUAGCAAUCUCAGGAAUCAAAGCCAUCGUGGACGAGACCAGGGGUGAAUGCGAAGACUCUCGGGAAUCGGACGAAGCGCUGCUGGACCAGCAGAUAUAA